AUGUUAUAAGAAUGCUCCUCGAUCGGCCGUCGUCGUUGACCGACUCUCUUUGAGGCCUAGGGUGCGCUGUUCUUCUUCUUCCUGGUGUUUACAGACAUGUCAGAGAUCGUGACUGUAGCGUGGCAGCGCUACCUUCAGCAACUCCAAGCCCAUCCCCUGAGAACAAAGGCUAUUACUUCAGGGGUGUUGGCUGGAUGCAGUGAUGCGAUCGCACAGAAGAUCUCCGGGGUCAAGAGGCUCCAGUUGAGAAGGAUGUUUCUGCUCAUGCUUUAUGGCUUUGUGUAUGCCGGACCAUUUGGUCAUUUUCUGCACAAGUUUAUGGAAAGGCUUUUCAAGGGAAAGAAAGGAAAGGACACUGUUGCCAAAAAGGUGCUGUUGGAACAACUUACUGCCUCACCUUGGAACAAUAUGCUCUUUAUGAUGUACUAUGGCUUGGUUCUUGAAGGUCUGAAUUAUUAUGCAUUUUCCUAUGAUAUAAUAUUCUUAUUGCUGAAUUUUGUUUCACUCCUGUGUUAUAUACAGGUGCUUGUUAUAUGCUGAGGCAUAACCUUUUAG